AUGGCUGGAGCCGCGCCGACAGAUGGGCGGCGCGGGAGCGCCAUCCCGGAUUCCUCGAGCAGCGUGGCGGAUGGCGUGCUUUUCCGAGAGCUGUCCGCGGGGUACAAAGGAGAAACGGUCGUGGCGAGAGUUGUUGAGCAGCGGGGUUCCUGGACGACAAAGUCUGGCGCAAGCAUGGCCAUGGUUACGGUGAUCGAUGCUGAGAGCCAGCGCAUGGAGGUGAAGUCGUGGGUGCCGAAGACAGUUUUACCUUCUAUGCACGAAGAUAGUAUCUACGAGCUGAAGGGCUUCCGCGUGGCGUUCUGGGAUGGCAAGAUGUAUUUGAAGCAAUCUCCCACGAGUGCCGUCACAAAGGUGCUCGAGCAGCAUCAUCCGCAGCGCAUGCCCGCAGUGUUCGCGCCGUCCGUGUCAACGUGCAAGGACCUCGACGAGGAGGGGGACGACCCGGACGUGCUCCACGCUUUGUGCGGGAAGCUCAUCAGGCCGGGGGAGUACGAGGGGGUCGCUGGCAAAAAGCAGAAGCCAGUGUACGAAAUGACCAUCGAGCUCAGCGAUGACGCGGUGGACGUCUCUCUCUGGGACGAACUCGCAGAGACAGCUAAAAAGGCGAAUCUCAAAGAAGGUGGAUACGUGUUCAUUCAGAAUGUGAAGUACAACAAGAAGGCGCGGAGGUGCCACGGGUACCCGGGGGUGGGUUCGGUUCGCACCGCCGUGGACGCGGCGGAAGACGAACCGCCGAGCAAGAAAGGACGCACUGAUUGACGUGACUCUGUUUGCUUGCUUCGGUAGUGACUAGCUGUGAGGCGAAUGCGCUUCCAGCGCCACAUGGCGGCAGAGCUCUCUGCGGAUCGCAGCGUCGGCGGUGCAGCAUCGUCGCGGGAGUUUUGGGGUCUGGGAGCAACAAAAA